AACAAACUUGCAAUCUACAAAAACAAGAAUAUAACACAAAACUUUCUUUCCCUUUGUCACCAAAGAAGGAAAAAAAAAUAUGAUGGAUUAUUUAGCUAAAUGCUUCAACGGAGUUCAAGAACUAGAAGCAAAACCCAUUUACAGAGACGACCUAAACAUAACGUGUCCUCUGAAUGGCUCAGUGGUUUCAGUAGAGCCCGCCAAAAAGUCCCGUUGCUUGCAGAGAGCCAAGAGGAUUGACAAAUCCCUAAGGUUCGAAGAGGAAAAUGAAGACAUGGCAAAGCCUCUUGCUAAGGAAGAAGGUCAAAAGCCACGUAAGGUGGUGAGGUUUCAGUUAGAGAAUAAUAAGAUAUUCGAACCAAAGAAGCCGGUGAGGUUCGAUCUUGAUGAUCAUGAACUCGAAGCAACAGAGAAGUCUUUGGAAGAGAAAGAGAGUUCAAAUAAGACUGAAGGGAAGGAGGAAGUUGUGAGGGUUAAGAUAAAGGUGACGAAGAAGGAAGCUCAAAAGCUAUUAGCGAACUGGAAAAACGACAGAGUUUGGGAUCUCAAUCAUGUGGUGGACCAGAUCGCACACGUUUCGGUUCAUCAACUUCAAGUCGAUGUGGUUAUGGUUGCUUGUAACAACGGGCGAUGAGGAAAUAGCUGCUGGUUAUCCCAGAUGGAAUAGAUUUUGGGAAUUUAUUCUGGUUAAUUUAUCAAAAUUUCGUAGUUUUAGGGUAAAUAUCUAUCUAUCUAUCAUCAAGUCAUCAUGUGUAUAUAUUUUGAUAAUCCAAGUUUUUAUAAUUAAGACGUAUGUAUCAUCACUUUUAGCACAGUUAUGCAUUGUUUGUUGUGGGGUAUGUCUCAAAUAAUUUUUGAACGUAUACUAGAAUUAAAUAAUCAAG